GCGGCGGGAGCUGCACUGGCCAGGGGUUCCGGCUGCAUUUCCAUGAGCGCCGGCGGCAGCGGCGGAGCUGCGGAGAUUGGACUGAGGGCGAGCUGGGCCGCUGUAGUCAACCGCGCUCAGGUUAAAUUGAAUAAGAGAUCUGACCUGACCGGCCCAGCCAUACAACUCCUCAAGAACAGUUCAUAGUCACAGUGGAGAGAUCAAGAUGAAUGCCAUGCUGGAGACCUCCGAGCUUCCAGCUGUGUUUGAUGGGGUGAAGCUGGCCGCAGUGGCUGCUGUGCUGUAUGUGAUCGUCCGGUGUUUGAACCUGAAGAGCCCCACAGCCCCGCCCGACCUCUACUUCCAGGACUCAGGGCUCUCACGCUUCCUGCUCAAGUCCUGUCCUCUUCUGACCAAAGAAUACAUUCCACCGUUGAUCUGGGGGAAAAGCGGGCACAUCCAGACAGCCUUGUAUGGAAAGAUGGGAAGGGUGAGGUCACCACACCCGUACGGGCACCGGAAGUUCAUCACCAUGUCCGAUGGAGCCACUUCGACCUUUGACCUCUUCGAACCCUUGGCUGAGCACUGUGUGGGAGAUGACGUUACCAUGGUCAUCUGCCCUGGAAUUGCCAAUCACAGCGAGAAGCAGUACAUCCGCACCUUUGUCGACUACGCCCAGAAAAAUGGCUACCGGUGCGCUGUGCUGAACCACCUGGGCGCCUUGCCUAACAUUGAGCUGACCUCGCCACGCAUGUUCACCUACGGCUGUACCUGGGAAUUUGGAGCCAUGGUCAACUACAUCAAGAAGACGUAUCCCCUCACCCAGCUGGUGGUUGUGGGCUUUAGCCUGGGCGGUAAUAUCGUGUGUAAAUACUUGGGGGAGACCCAGGCCAACCAAGAAAAGGUCCUGUGCUGCGUCAGUGUGUGCCAGGGCUACAGCGCACUGAGGGCCCAGGAAACCUUCAUGCAGUGGGAUCAGUGUCGGCGCUUCUACAACUUCCUCAUGGCUGACAACAUGAAGAGGAUUAUCCUCUCGCACAGGCAAGCUCUUUUUGGAGACCAUGUUAAGAAACCCCAGAACCUGGAGGACACAGACCUGAGCCGCCUAUACACGGCGACAUCCCUGAUGCAGAUUGACGACAAUGUGAUGCGGAAGUUUCAUGGCUAUAACUCCCUGAAGGAAUAUUACGAGGAAGAAAGCUGCAUGAGGUACCUGCACAGGAUUUAUGUGCCUCUCAUGCUGGUGAAUGCAGCUGAUGACCCCUUGGUGCAUGAAAGUCUUCUGACCAUUCCAAAAUCUCUUUCAGAGAAACGAGAAAAUGUCAUGUUUGUGCUGCCGCUGCACGGGGGCCACCUGGGCUUCUUUGAGGGUUCCGUGCUGUUCCCUGAGCCCCUGACGUGGAUGGAUAAGCUGGUGGUGGAGUACGCCAAUGCCAUUUGCCAGUGGGAACGUAACAAGUCGCAGUGCUCUGACACGGAGCAGGUGGAGGCCGACCUGGAGUGAGGCCUCCCUCCCCAGACUCUGACGCGCUCCAGCCCCUUCCUCUGGAACUCGCGUCCCUCAACGAUGACGGCUGUUUCAGGUCUCCCAUCUCCCUCAGUGGCCUGGAUCUGACCUCACACCAUCAGCGGGGGAACACCCCCCAGGCACACCCGUCUUAACAGUAGGUGGCUGUCCCUGGGAGCUCCAGGCAUAUUUUUGUGCUUAGUUCCUGGUUUUCUCCAUUGCAUUGUUAGCCAUGGUGACGAGCAACGGGAUUCUCACCCUCCCGUCCAGCUUCAGCAUCUGAUUGCUUUCAAGCCAAUUACAUCUAGUUUCCCUAUAAAAAAAUGUCUCAACAGCAGUUUUGCUUUGCCAAUCAAAAGGCUUUUCCCCAAGAAGGCAGUGAAGAAUGUAUGUUAUUUUGUGGUGGUUGUAUGUGUCCUUACUUCGACCCUAAAAAUAGCCAAUGCUGCACAUGCAGCUCAGCUUGGGAGCCCCAAGUCCCCGGCCUCCCAGGCCAGACUGUGGCCUCUCACGUGGCAACGAAAAUUCCUUUGCGUCACAAGCCGAGUUUCUCCCUCACGAUCUCCUAAGACAGUUUGCUGACCCGCUGCUGAUGAUAAGAGUUCUCUGGGGCUCUUGUUAAAAAUUCAGCCUCCCGGGUCCCUCCCCUUGGAGAAGCCAUUUCUCUGGGUCUGGGGAGGGGUCUGGGGAUUUUAAUGUUUGACAAGUGUCCCAGGUGAUUCUCAUCACCAGGCAAACGUGGGAAAUACGGCUGAACGAGGCCUUUAAAUUAGAAGCAUCUCGGUAGCCUGUGUUAUUGAAAUUAGCUGUCAGAGGUGUCCCUUAGCUCCCAGGAACCUCCAAGACAGCAAGGCCUGUCGAGUGCAGCUGCUCUGGUGUGAUCGCCGUGAGACAGCUCAGAAGGGGCCUGGGCCUGGUCGAGGACUUCUGGCCAUGCCUGAUGCUGCUUCUCACUGGGUAUAUGACCCUGGAAACGUCCCUUUGAACUUCAGUCUCUUCACUGUAAAGUGGGGGGCUUGGACCAGGUAGAUUGCCGAGAUCACUACCAGUUCUAAAGUUCAAUGACAAACUCAGUUUACUGAGGUUUGAAAGAACACCUCUCCAGGGGAGCCUGGGAGCUAGCCUAAGCAUGUAGAUGUCAUCAUUUGCCUUUUCUUUUUCCUCCCUCAUUUCAUAGAAAGAGGUUUGUUUGUUUGUUUUUAAAGCACUUAGUUAUAAUUUUAUUUUUUUAAUCCAGGUCUCUCUAACUCUGGCUUUUGCUAUCAAACCAUUCAAAAGUUGGAUCUGAGUUUGGAGAAACAGCUUCCCAACUGAAGAGGGUGUGAUUUUGCAACGAGAUGUUUAAUAGUUUCUUUUUGUUGGCUAGACCUUUCCAGAGUGUGUCUUCUGAAAUGAGAAGUCACUCUGCAUUUCAAGUACUCCUUUCCUCCAACCCUGUGGUACUUGAAUGUCUAAAAACCCUGCACUUUGAAAAAUCAGCAGAUUCUGGAACUAAACAGAAUGAUGAGUGAAAAGAUGUAGAUACUUAAAAAUUUCCCUGAUUCCUCUCCUCUUCUCUAGGACUGACAGGAACAUAAAUGAUGAGUCUGCGUGUGGGUGUCCAAGGGGUAAAGGGAACCACCUGGGGGCCUGGAUGCCACCCUCAUGGCCAGAGGUGGCUGCGACUUGGGCAUCAGUCCGAGGCAUACGACAGUAAUGUCUGUAACCUGCAGAAGCUGUUUUCUGACAAUCACCAGAUCGUCCCAACGUAUAACAACAAAAAUUGCUAUUACCUGACAAGACUGAGACUUCUGUGGUCUCAGCUUUGCUUCGGUACAAUUUUUCACACACAUCAAAUUCAUCGUUGUGACGCCCUCACUCCCGGGUGUUAUUUUUCGAGUGCAUUUCUUUUUCACAUCCUUUUAGCACAAACUGGCACUUUAUCAUCUCCCCCUCAGUUUGGAAGCUAGUCCCUCCCCCUGGUACUGUCCCUCCAACCUCCAACCUCCAACCGCAGCUGUGUUCUAGAAGAUUCGUAGUCAUAUUUCCUACCUUCGUGUCUCAAGCCUUUUUGUGAAAUUAGGUAAACGAAGCAAUAACUUCACGGGGUCGGAAAGCAAGAGGCUCCUUUCAUUUGCCUUAGGUCAUGUCUCUUGAUCUGUUCCAGCGAAGCAGUGGCCAGGUACCAACUCCACUCAGGAGGAGAAAACAGUCUUGUUACACCCUUGGGGGAGGGGGGGCAGGGGGCAGAAGUCCUUGGAGUCUGGAUGGCGGUUCUGAUGGCCCACGUAGGAGAGGCACGGCUCGGCAUACUUUGUCGCCACGCAACCGGAACUUACCCCGCAGGGCUGUGGGGGCCGUGUCCCAGCUGAAAUCUUUUUAGUAUAUGACUCUGAAUGGCACUUAUAUUCCAUUCUGGCUCACAUGAAAUCAACUGAAGCCCUUUGUUCAAGCUUCAGGCUCUCGGGCAUGGAAAUGAGGGUGUAUCUGUGGCUGUCUUACAGGAAAAUUCUUGUUUGUCUCUGAAUGAGAGCACAGAGGCAUUGAAUUUACAGAGAUGCAAGCUUGCCUACUAAACAAGGGAGCAGCAUUUUAUAUGUAGGUCAGCUUUUCUGGCUUUUCAUUCAUUCCUGAUGAUAAUGUGUGGGCUCUUCUUGCUAUUGAGGUUCGACUAGGGCUAGAACAAGGCUGAAUUUUCAAAGAGCAUUUGAAUAGUAUAUUUUAAAAUCAGGGAGUUUCCUGAUUUUAAACUAGCAGUGGCCUAGCAGUCGAAGGAUUCAGUGUUGUCAUUGCUGUGGCUCGAGUUUGAUCCCAGGCAGGAAUUUUCACAAGUCAUGGGCAGACCCAAAAA